UAAUGAAAAAAAAAACACGCCACCGGUUAUUUUUUAGUACUUCCGGGAUGACUGUCAUGGCGGCGCCCAUAACGCUCUAGCGAAACGAACCUAAACACGUUCACGAAAAGAUAAAGCGCUGUGGAGUGAAGCAGCCAUGAAGUUCAAAGAUCUGCUGAAGUGGAACGCCAGAGUGUCCGCCGUGUACGCGAUUGGUAUUUGGACCAUGAUCGGCUCGUACGCUUACCUGAAAUACACAGGUCGCUGCGAGGUCGCGCUAGUGAAAAAAGAAGAAGUGGAAGAGCCGCAGGAUCCAAACCAGGAGGUCUACGAGACGGCACACUCCAAAACGGUCAUCACCUAUAAGAAAGACUUUGUCCCGUACACCACAAGGAUCUACAAUCUCAUCUCAUCCUUCAGCGGCGAUCAAGGGGCUGGAGACGGCAACAAAUGAACCUGUCCAGUUAAUAUUUAUGUAUUUCUUUGAGAACAUUAUUAUAAUGUUUUUGUUUUUUUAAGGAAACUCCAGCUGCGUAUCCACCUGUCCUGCUCUGAUGGCCUCAGCCAGCUUUUAGUAUCAAACUGUAAAUAGUAUUCAGUACUGUUCUGUAAUUCAGAUGCUCAUGAUGUGUAAAUAAACCCCCAAAAUGCUGAAAUUUGUUUUGGUAGAAAGAUUAAGGGUUCAUCUGUGAUUCAUGUUAUAGGCUGGAACAGGAUUUGGGGCCUAGUGAGGUUUAAUCCUGGAUUUUCAGUGUGACAGAGGUGGUUUACCAUUUACCUUAUGUUUAGGAGAGAUGUCAAGAGGUAUGAAGUCACCACCAGCUGACCAGUCAGUUCUCUGGAAAAUAAAACCACGACUCCAAGGAGAUCCUUCAGACCACAGAGCUCAGAUUAUAAAAGAUGUAAAGUUUUUCAAGAGCAUUUAAAGAUGUAAAAACCUUUUACAAUUAGCCUUAAAGUACAAGAACUGUGGAUAUUAAAAUCCCAAAGAAUUAAUAUGUAGUAUAUAUUUAAGCACUGUGACCCUGAAAAGGAUCAGCGGAAGCAAAUGGAUGGAUGGAUAUUUAUGCACGCAUUCAGUUUAAAUAUCAGAAAAAUCCUGUAUUAGAUCCCUACUAGAUUUAGGUGGAUGAGCAGGCCACACCUCCUCUGCAGUUUAACACAGAGAGAUCUGAUAAUCCCACAUUUAUGAGUGAAAGCUCGUAGAAUGCACUGGUCUCAUUAGCCAGCCAGGUCUCAGUCACAUCCACUCCACAUGUGACUGAGACAGUUGUUGGCCACUUGGUAUCCCAGGUGACCAACAACUGUCUCAGUCACAUGUGGAGGGGCUGUGACCGAGACAGUCUUUGCCCACCCGGAAUACCGAGUGACCAAAAACAAAGAGGGAAGAGAAACUCCACAGAUGCACGUGAACUGUGUAGUGAGCAGCACAGAGCCCACCGCCUCUUCCCUUACCGGAGUCUUUGUUGUAAUGUUUGCUGUGCAUCGCUCCACUCACAGCCUCUCAGGUGUGGGUGGAGCUAAACAGCUCACACAGGAAGUGCUGCGCCGGUGAAUUCACUCAAACUGAUGCGCUUUCAGUUCGCGGCAUCUGCGCAGCUGAUUGGAGAAGGCUUUGUUUGUGGCUCCAAACAAAUAUUAAUCGGAUUUCUUCGGGAGUUUCCGCCAGCUUUGUGUUCAAACAUGGCUGCUGCCAGCUGUCUGCUGACUGAAGAUCAGCUUCUGUGCGCUAUCUGUCUGGAUGUGUUCACCGAUCCGGUCAGCACACCAUGUGGACACAACUUCUGUAAAAACUGCAUCACUGAACCCGUUGACGCUGACGUCCCGUUCCAGUGUCCCCUCUGCAUGAAGAUGUUCUACCCAAAGCCCGAGCUGCAGGUCAACACCCUGAUCUCUGAGAUGGUCGAUACGUUCAGACGGUCAGAGCAACGGCCAGCCAGACAGGAAGAAGUUUUCCUUGGGUUAGGCUUAAAACCGAUGGCACUGCUUCUCUGUGUGGUGUUUCUUUCAUUACUUUGGGACUGCAUGAAAUUCAAUCAUCCUCUGGAAGAAAUGAGUAAAGGGGAGAAACUGGUGAAGAUGGAGGCUGAAAUCCAGCAGACGAUCAAGGAGAUCCGAUUGAAGGUUGAGGAGCUCAAACGCUCAGUGGAGCUCGGUAAAGAGGACGCAGACAGAGAGAUGGCAGAUGGUGCUCAGGUCUUUGCUGCUCUGAAAGAGUAUGUCGAGAAAGGUGAGGCCAAGCUCAUGGAGACCAUCAGAGAGAAGCAGAGACAGACAGAGCUGCAGGCUGAAGGCUUCAUCAGAAAGAUGGAGCAGGACAUCCGUGAGCUGAAGAAGAGGAAGACGGAGGUGGAGCUGCUCUCUGUCCUUCAGCUGGAGGAAAUUGCAGAGAUGAAGGAGAAACUACCCAAGAUGGUCGCCAGGGUCGAGCUGCGGAGGGUCCAGAGCUAUGCAGUGGACGUGACACUCGAUCCAGACACAGCAAAUGUUUACCUCGUCCUGUCUGAUGAUGGGAAACAAGUACACGAUACCUAUGUGGAGAAAAAUCUUCCCUACAACUCAGAGAGAUUUUAUUACACUGCUGCUGUUUUAGGAAAAGAGAGUUUCUCUUCAGGCAGAUUUUAUUUUGAGGUUCAGGUUGAAGGAAAGAGCGAGUGGACUUUGGGAGUAGCCAGAGAGUCGAUCAACAGGAGGCAGGACAUCACACCGAGUCCUGCAGACGGUUUCUGGACUGUAGGCCUGGGUAAUGGAAAUAAAUACAAAGCCGGCCCUGAUGUCGCUCUCUCUCUGCAGUCUGCUCCUAAGAAGGUGGGGGUGUUUGUGGAUUAUGAGGAUGGCCUGGUCUCCUUUUAUGACGUUGAUACUGCAGCUCACAUCUACUCCUUUACUGGCUGCUCCUUCACUGAGAAACUCUACCCAUACUUCAGUCCUGGAUUGGAAGAUGAUGGUUUGAACUCUGCACCUCUGAUCAUCACUCCCAUAAAUUAAAGAGGGCUGAUUCUGCUUUUCUGUAUUUACUUUCAUCAACAACAGGUGAUUCAGAUAUUUACCUUCAAUUGGCAGACUUGGGUUAUUUAUACUACACCUCACCAGCAAGAUCCCAGGACCUCCAUCACUCAGACUUGGAGGUGCUGACCCUCGUAGCGUCACGUUGAUGUUGAACGUCGCCCUCCUCACCACGGCGACACACUUGAUUCGCACAAAUACAAUCUGAGACAAGGCAUGACUCUGGCUGAGUCCAGAUCAACCAGGGUCAUGCCUUGGUCCAGGAUCAUCCAAUAACAUGAUGAUGUGCAUGCUAUUAGAAUUCCCAGCAGGCAUGUGUGUAUAAAACAAAUGGGCAUCAGGCAAAACCCCCACUGACCUUCACCAGCUCAACAUCACUGGGCUGGAGGUCCAACAGCAUUGGAUGAAAGGAUGAAUUUAGUCCAUUUACUCUAGUACUUCACUGAAGUAAAGUUUUAAUGUA